AUGACCUGCCUUCAAGAGGUCACUGGAGUCAAUUUUGAGAUCAUUCUUGAAAAGUUUCAAGAGGACUUCAGAGAGCUUGUGAUAAACCAGAAGAAUGAGGAAUAUUUGUCUACGCUGGAGAAGAAUGAGGUCAUCCAGGAAUUCGUUUCUCUCAAUGGACAAAUCAACCAACUGAAUGAAAGCUUCAGCUGUGUUCAUCUAGAGAAAGGUAAGAUAGAUGAAGCUUUUGCAAGUUUGAGACAAAACAACAACAGUCCAGGAUUUGACAACCUUGAUUUGGCCACCCAGAGGAUAGCAGAACUUCAAGAGGAAGUUAAACGAUUAAAAGCCGAAGAUAAAGGAACAUCUCUCAGUCAGUUUUCCUCAAUGGAGACUGCUCUCAAGCGAAGUCAAGAAAGAGAAAACGAGCUGCAACACGAAGUGGUAAAUGCCGAGAAGAAGAUCUCGAGCUUGGAAUAUAAACUGAAGACAACAAAAGAAAAGUUAGAUACCGCUGAGCUGUCCAUCAAGGACACCGAAAAGCAAUUCCUUACUCUGAAGGAGGAGCUCGUGUUGUUCACGAAGAAAGAAGCGGAGAUGGCGAGCAGCAACAAGCAAAGUGAACUUCUGCAAAAAGAAGUCAGAGAUCUCAAGGCGAGUAUUAGCGUAUACCGUCAAGAAAUUUCAGAGAAGGAUGCUGACAUCAAGAGACUUCGUGCAACCACAGCAGAUAAGCAAGCCAUCAUGGAAGGGUACGUUGCUGAGAUUACAAGGAUGAAGGAUGCAGUUAAAACCACUUCAUCACCAGGCAGAGAGUACGAGUCCUUGAAGCUUAAAUUUGAUGACGUCUGCAAAGAAAGGGAUUCCUUGCAGCGUGAAGUUGCCCGCUUGGUUGCGAAGAAACAAAAUGAAGUCUCCAUUCAGCUGGAAAGUCAGACUGUGGGCCACUGCCAGCAACUUCAUGACAAAGAACAGACCAUUGAUCGCCUGCGCAGUGAAAAUCUAAACUUAAAGUCUGAGAACGAAGUACUAAGAGAGAGAGCUGCAUCAUCCAUUUCUCAGGUUAGCAUGGAAAGCUACAGACAGGAAACCAGGGAGAAAGAAAUCGCCGUGGACAGGCUCCGGUCUGAGAACAUAACUUUACAGGCUCAGAUCGAGGCUCUGAAAAGGGAGGCGGCUGACAUCAGCAGCAGCUCUUCAUACACCACGAGGGUGCAGUCCAGUCCCCUUCAGCUGGAUAGCAAUGAAGAAUUCUAUCGACAGGAGAUCAGAGAUAGGGAUUCUGUGAUUGAUCGUCUGAGAGCUGACACAAUAACCCUCCAAACUGAAAUCGAUGGGCUUAAGCGGGACAUGAGCGCUUGUUUCAGCAGGACGGAGUUUGAAGCUUUGAAAAUGAAACAUGACGAAAUAGCGAGAGAAAGAGAUAGUCUCCGCGAGCAGCUGAUGGAGGCCAGAUCAACAACCGAAAGAGACGUAUCAAUUCACUUUGAGAGCCGGGUGGAAGGCUACCAGCAGGAUGUGAAGGAGAGGGAGGCCUUGGUUGACAGGCUGCGCUCAGAGAAUCUGGUGACCAAGAGCGAGUUGGAAACGCUCAAGAGAGAGGUUAGUGGAAAGUCCUCUGUAUCUGAUGGAUACCUGAGUGAAAUCGAACGCCUCCGCAGUGAUAUCGUGACCUUGAAGACCAGUAGUACCGACUUUGAAACCCUUAAGAGAACCUAUGACGAAGUUUGCAAGGAGAGAGACUUUGUACGAGAUCAGCUGAUGGAGUACAAAUCUCAAAGUGAAACCGAGAUGACAGCCCAUUUAGAAAGCUAUAUGGAAGCUUACAAGCAGGAUGUCAGGGAGAAAGAGAUUGCCAUCGAUAGGAUGCGCUCUGAGAAUACAACCCUGAGGGCUGAGUUGGAGGGACUGAAGAGAGAAAUGUCAACCUUUUACAAGAGAAGUGAGUUCGAGUCCUUAAAGUUGCAAUUCGAUGCGAUGUGGAAAGAAAGAGAUGCCCUUCGCGAUGAGCUGAUAGUUUUCAAGUCCAAAGCUGAACGCGAUGUCUUGAUCCAGGUGGAAAACAAGACUGUGAUAUUCCAGAAAGAGAUCAGAGAGAAGGAAAUGGAAUAUGCUAAGCUUCGAACUGAAAUGAUGUCAAUCCAGAUGAAUAUGGAUGUGUUUAAGCGAGAUGUGGAGAGCAAACAGCACAUGAUCGAUGGUUACCUGGCAGAAAUUGAACGAUAUAAAAGCGAUAUCAUCACAAUUAAGUCAACCACAGUGUCAAGCUCCGAAUACGAGUCGGUGAGGCGGAUGUAUGAUGACAUACUGAAAGAAAGAGAUGCUCUACGACUGGAGUUUAUAGAAUUCAAAUCAAACAGCGAGCGAGAGAUGUCUGUCAAAGUGGAUAAUCAGACGAGGAUUUACCGAGAUGAGAUCAGAGAGAAAGAGGUCAUAAUCAGCAACUUCCGUUCUGAAACUAUGAAUUCCCAAUCAGAGCUUGAGAUGUACAAGAGGGAGGCAGAUAGUAAGCAGUUCAUGAUAGAAGGAUACUUGACAGAGAUUGAUCGUUUGAAGAACGAGAUCAGUGUGAUGAGCCAACGAAGUAUAGAAUUCGAGUCCAUAAAACGCUCGUACGAAGAUGUCUGCAGGGAGCGAGAUUACAGCCAGAGGCAGUUUGACGAUUUCAAGUCUAGGAACGAGCAAGAUAAGGCACUUCAAAUCCAAAUCCAAACUGAUGGUUUCCGACAGGAAAUCAAAGAAAAGGAGAUGGCUAUAGAGAGAUUCUCCUCACAGAACAAACUCCUCAUAAAGGAAGUUGAUGGACUGAAGAGGGAACGCACUACUCUGUAUAGUAAGACAGAGUAUGAUUCCUUAAGGCAGCAAUAUGAAGAAAUGUGGAAAGAGAGAGAUCUUCUGCGAGGACAGAUUUCCGAGAUCAAGUCGAAGAGUGAAAGAGAUGUUAUCGUCCAAGUGGAAAGCCGCACCGAGGCGUACAGAACAGAAAUACGAGAGAAAGAGACAAUUAUCAGUCGCCUUCAGUCAGAAAGCCUCAAGGACCAAACCGAACUUGAUGGCUUGAAGAGGCAGCUGGGCAACCAAGAGGCCUAUUUGGUGGAAAUUGAUCGCUUGAAGAAAGAAGUGAACACGCUGAGGUUUCCAGACAUUCGUGGCAGCGCAGAGUACAUCUCCCUACAGAGAUCAUACGAAGAGAUCUGUAAGGAAAGAGAUGGACUUCGGGGCCAGGUGGUUGACAUCAGAGUUAAGGGAGAACAAGAACUUGAAGGUCAAGUUAAAAUAUAUCGCGAAGAAAUCAGAGAGAAAGAGAUUGUUAUAGACAGACUUCGAUCUGAGUGCAUGACAUUCAAGGCAGAGAUUGAGGGUUUGAAGAGAAGCCUUGGGAACCAAGAAGCUUACUUUGCCGAAAUUGAAAGUUUGAAGAAAGAGGUGAACACGUUGAGGUUUCCAGACAUUCGUGGCAGCGCAGAGUACCUCUCCCUACAGCGAUCAUACGAAGGGAUCUGUAAGGAAAGAGAUGGACUACGAGGCCAGGUGGUUGACAUCAGAGUUAAGGGAGAACAAGAACUUGAAGGUCAAGUCAAAAUCUAUCGUGAAGAAAUCAAAGAGAAAGAGGUUGUUAUAGACAGACUUCGAUCUGAGUGCAUGACAUUCAAGGCAGAGAUUGAGGGUUUGAAGAGAAGCCUUGGCAAUCAAGAGGCCUAUUUGGUUGAAAUCGAAAGCUUGAAGAAGGAAGUGAACACAUUGCGAUUCCCAGACAUCCGUGGUAGUGCAGAGUACAUCUCGUUACAGAGGUCAUAUGAAGAGGUGUGCAAGGAAAGAGAUGGAAUAAGAGGCCAGGUGAUAGACAUCAGGAUAACGGGAGAACAGGAACUUGAAAGCCAAGUGAAGGUUUACCGCGAAGAGAUCAGAGAGAAAGAGGUAGUGAUAGAAAGGUUACGUAUGGAGAACAUGGCAUUCAGAACCGAAGUUGAGGGAUUGAAGAGAGACCUAGGCAGCCAAGAGGCUUACCUAAUCGAAAUUGACCGCCUAAAGAAAGAGGUGAAUACACUACGUUUUCCAGACAUCCGGGGAAGUGCAGAGUACAUUUCAUUGCAGAAAACAUAUGAGGAGGUCUGCAAAGAGCGUGAUGGACUAAGAGGCCAGGUUAUUGAUAUAAGGUUAAAAGGAGAGCAGGAACUUGACAACCAAGUGAAGAUAUACCUCGACGAGAUCAGAGAGAAAGAAAUUGCGAUGGAGAAAAUUCGUGUCGAAAGCUAUUCAUUCAAGGCCGAAAUUGAUGGACUAAAGAGAGAUCUCGGUAAUCAAGAAGCGUACUUGGCUGAGAUCGAACGCCUGAAGAGAGAAGUCAAUCUCUUGCGAUUCCCAGACAUCCGUGGCAGUGCAGAGUAUAUCUCCCUACAGAAGUCGUACGAAGAGGUUUGUCAGGAGCGCGAUGGACUGAGGGGUCAAAUUAUAGACCUAAGGAUGAAAGGAGAACAGGACUUUGAAGGAAAAGUGAAGAUCUACCGCGAGGAAAUCAGAGAAAAAGAAGUAGCAUAUGAAAAAGUCCGCAUGGAGAACGUGACCUUCAAGGCCGAAAUUGAAGGACUGAAAAGAGAUCUCGGAAACCAAGAGACCUAUUUAAUUGAGAUUGAUCGCCUCAAGAAAGAGGUCAAUACCCUACGAUUUCCAGAUAUCCGUGGCAGUGCAGAGUAUAUUUCCCUACAGAAGUCGUACGAAGAAGUUUGCGGUGAGCGCGAUGGAUUGAGGGGUCAAGUUAUAGACAUAAGAAUGAAAGCUGAGCAGGAAUUUGAAGAAAAAGUGAAGAUCUACCGAGAGGAAAUCAGAGAAAGAGAAGUAGCAUUUGAAAAGAUCCGCAUGGAGAACAUGACAUUCAAGGCCGAAAUUGAAGGACUAAGAAGAGAUCUCGGAAACCAAGAGGCUCAUUUGGUUGAGAUUGACCGCCUCAAGAAAGAGGUCAAUACCUUACGAUUCCCAGAUAUCCGUGGAAGUGCGGAGUACAUCUCCUUGCAGAAGACGUACGAAGAAGUUUGCAAAGAGCGCGAUGGGCUUAGAGGACAAGUGAUAGAUAUAAAGAUGAAGGGAGAACAGGAACUUGACAACCGAGUAAAGAUCUACCGUGAGGAGAUCAGAGAGAAAGAAAUUGCAAUGGAGAAAGUACGUGUAGAGAGCUACUCAUUCAAGAGCGAAAUUGAGAGCUUGAAGAGAGACCUUGGAAAUCAAGAGGCCUAUAUGAUCGAAAUAGAUCGUUUGAAGAAGGAAGUUAAUACAUUGAGGUUCCCUGACAUCCGCGGUAGCGCAGAGUACAUAUCUUUGCAGCGAACGCACGAAGAAGUUUGUAAAGAGCGUGAUAGCCUUAGAGGACAGGUGAUAGAUAUAAAGAUGAAGGGAGAGCAAGACAUUGAAAGUCAAGUGAAGAUCUACCGUGAAGAGACUAGAGAGAAGGAGAUAGCCAUGAACAACUUCCGCUCUGAGGUGAUGACACUGAGGGCAGAAAUUGAAGGAUUAAAGAGAGAGCUGGCAACCACAAAGCAGCGAAGCGAGAUGGAGGUGGAACGCGUUAGGAAGGAAUCGUUGGUAAUUAGCCCCUCCGUCCUUCGUAGUAGCGCCGAAUUUGUGUCCCUGCAACACUCAUUCGACGCUGCUUGCCAGGAGAGGGACAGUCUCCGCGAGCAGAUUUUUGAACUCAGGUCAAAGAACGAGCGGGAGGUGGCAAUCCAUAUCGACAAUCAAGUACGAGUGUACCGAGACGAGAUUAAAGAGAAAGAGGCUGCUUUGGGGCUAUUGCGUUCUGAGGCAAUCUCCAUGCGCUCUGAAGUUGAGUCGCUCCGACGUGAGUUGCUGAUCGCAAAGGAUACCCCAGCUCAUAAUCCAAAGGUUGAACAGGAGCUAUUUAACUUGAAAGCAAAAUAUGCUAAGCUUCAAGAAGAGUAUGACAUAUUAGUGCUGGCAAAGAGCAAACUGGAAGAGGAGAUGGUGAUCAAGAUCAACAGUGGAAUGGCCGACAAGCAAGAAUACAUUUACAAGCUUGAGAAGGACAACAGGGAAUUGAAGUCUUCUAAUGAGUAUUUUGAGAAGACCGUAGAAGAGAAGAAUACUGCCAUCAGUGAUAUGCGCCUGAAGAUUGCAAGCUUGCAGAAGAAGAUCGAAAACUUGAAAAAAGAGGUAUUUGUCGCCGAUGAAGCCUAUGAAAAAGCAGAGCUCCGACUGAAGGAGCUUCUGAAGUCAGAGUACAAGCCAGUGACGACCUACGAGGUGCUUCGUUAUAGAACCACUGCAACGGCUGACUCCCCGACUUUCAGCAGUUCAACGUCUACUUCCACGGUGAAAAAGACGUCCACUGAUUCUAAUGGUCUAGAAUUCAGUGCCACUUCUACACCAAUGAAAUCUGCGGUGGAGGGAGAACGCAGCGAAGUUAUUCGCAAGAGUGCUGUCGUCUCAUCAGCUCCGCUUGACAGUGACCUGGCUAGGGCUGAAGGAAACUUCAACGGUAGUGAUGACGUCUCCACCUCCUCAAAGACGAUUCUGAUCACAAAUGUCGCCGAGGGAGCUUCUGCUGAGGCUGGAAGUGCCAGGUCUGCCAGAUCCACUGUGUACCGUUCUUCGUACUCCAGUCAACCAUCCUCGUACAGAACCAGUGGGACCACUUACCGUACCACCACAGGGCGUACAUCUGUCUCGGGAGGGUCGGGCUACAAUCGUGCAUCUUACCCCACCGGACGUAAGUACUUCACAAGAAAGUUCUACUAG